AAUCUUUGCGUUAUCUCCCGAGGUCUCCCACGUCCUUAUCUACUGCAUCCUUAUCCUGUCUUUAUCCCUCUUCUAUCUCUUCCCUCCCUAGAACUACGUCCAUUUAGACUUGAGUCGUACGCCAUGGCAAUUCAUCCACGCUUGCAUCCAGAGGGCUCGCAAGGGCACCUGUCCCCUCGACAAGCCCUGGCCAUCGCCGCAUGGACAGAGCAACAUGCAUCCGCGGCCCUGCAGGACAUGACCCUGUCGGACUCAGCCCCUGCAGCGAGCACCCCAUCUUCACCGACCCCGACGCGUUCGGUAUCGCGUGGGGCUACUGUCGCGCUGUCGAUCCCCCUCGAUGAUGAAGUUGUCCCAUCGCAACGCGUCAAGGUCGAGUCUCGUCCCCCAACAGUCAGCUUCCGACGCCGGGCGCCUUUGCAACGAGAUAAUUAUAAGAGCCGAGAGGCUCUGCUCAAGGGCAAAGACGGUAGCCGUCGAAGACAGCGCUGGGAGAACGAUCGUCUGUUGCAUAACCCCUGGGCGGAACCGCCUUCAAAGAAGGACUGGGACGUUACACCCACUUAUCCUCGGCAUGAUCCGAUGCCUUAUUACCUAGCCCCGCUAUGGGACGUUCACUAUUCCCGUGUGGUGGAUCAUCAGUCGGCUAUGAAGGCGGCCGAGAGAGCUAAUGAGAAGCAUCAUGUUCCGAAAGAACUUCGGUCGAAGUUGAAGCACGCGCGUGCUGCACGUGGCAUGCUCCAAGACUUGGAAGACGAGGUUCGUUCCUUUAUCCAGAAAUGGAAUGAGAAGGAGCUUCUACUUGAGAAAGAGGGGCUCCGGGAUGCACCAGAGAAUUCGUGUAGCGAUGACUCGGAAGACGAGAUUGUCUUUGUCGGACGGAAUGGGCAGAUGCACGACUCUCCGGAGCGGAAGGAGCGACUCCGCCGACUUCGAGAGGAGAUCAGCUCUCACAAUGAGCAGGAUGGUGAGAAGAUGGUACUCGAGACAUUGGCAAACGACCGCGCCGCUGGCUUCGGUCGUUGGCUGGUCCAUUCUAUUGCAUCGUACUAUGGAUUGCACACUUGGUCAGUCUCCGUAGAAGACCGACGGGAAGCCUACGUGGGGUUCCGAUCCCCGGCGCCGGGAAGCCGUGCCGGACUCGUUUCCCACUCAGCCUGCCAUACAGAGGUCUUGAUCAAGCCUGGUGAAGACCUUCCUCGGCCUCUGUACGCGCAGAUAUAG